AUGUCAUUGGAAAUUUUUGAGUUAUUAUCUCGCGAUUUUUUAUCACUCCUUGAUACGGGAGAAUAUUCAGAUGUAAUAAUUCAAGUUGGUCAAGAACCUUUUAUCAGAGAAUUUCGAGUACAUUCACUUAUUUUACGAACAAGGUCACUUUAUUUUCGUAAUGCAUUAUCAAACACUUGGGCAAGGACAAAAGGAAAUUAUUUAGUCUUUCAGAAACCGAAUAUUUCACCUAAAGUAUUCGAAAUUAUUUUAGAAUAUAUAUAUGGUGCAACUGUUAAACUCCUAAAAGUUAAUGUUAAAAUUAUUCUUGAAAUUUUGAAGGCAGCUGAUGAAUUAUGCAUAAAUGAACUAGUUGAACGUAUUCAAGAAUUUCUUUUGUAUAACCCGGAAUUAAUAUUAAAAAAUCUUGUUUUAAUUCAUCGGUUUGUUACCGAAUAUGAUCAUUUUACAGAAUUACAAACGUUUUGUCUUAAUACGAUUAAUCAAGAUCCUGCGAUAUUCUUUGAAGCCGAAGAUUUUAUUACGAUAGAUCAAAAUACGUUAUUAUUUAUUCUGAAAGCCAGUAACCUUAUUAUGAAAGAAAUUGAUGUAUGGAAUAAAAUAGUUGAAUGGGGAAUUGCGCAAGAUCCUUUACUCUCGCAUGAUAUUGAGACGUGGACAUCCGAUACUUUUUCAAAGUUUCGAAACAUAGUACAACCAUUUGUAACUUGCAUUAAAUUUGCGCUAAUAAGCCAGGAUGAUUUCUUUGAAAAAGUUCGACCUUUUAAUCAAGAAAUUGGGGUAGAAUCAUUAUCAUCAGGAAUAGGAACUCGUCUCUUGUGUGGGAUUCCUUCCCACCGUCAAACGUUUAUAAUUAGUCGGUUUAAAUUUUUUCGUGAUUACAUCAUGCAAAUUCGUAAUGAUACCCAAGUUCCUGAUAAAUUUGCAGCCUGA